GUCUCAUAAAAAAAGUAGCAUGUCAGCCAACACAUCUUCUAAUCCCUUGAAUGCCCUUGCUAAUCAACCUAAAGCCUUGAGGGUGGUGCUCCUCAUUGUGCUCUGCUUCACCCAAUUCCUGGAUGCUUUCAAUAACUCCUCUUUUUUUGCGGCAAUACCUCCAAUUGCUUCCCAAUUGCACAUUGACAAUAGUGAUUCAGUUUGGCUUAUCAGUGCAUAUCAACUGACAUUUGCGGCGUUCCUUUUGAGUAGUGGUCGCCUUAGCGAUGUUUACAACCCUACCUAUGUCUUUGUUUCAGGAAUGCUACUCAUGUCAUUUUGCUCAUUGGGUGCGGGAUUUGUACGGACUGAGAUACCACUGAUGGUUCUUAGAGCAUUCAUGGGACUGGGUGCUGCACUAAACAUACCAUCAGCUAUGGCAUUGGUCAUUUCCAUGUUUCCUGAUCCUGUGCCUCAAUCUCGGGCACUUGCUGCUUUUGCAGCUGGCGCAGCCAUUGGAAAUGUAUUUGGUUUAAUUAUUGGAGCCAGUCUUGUCACCUUUGCAUCUUGGCCUUGGAUUCUGUAUUUAGCAGCUAUAUUGAGUGCAGUGAUUGCAACUCUGGUUUUGGUUCUGCUACCAUCCUCAAGAGUGCAAUAUCGAUCCGCUGUUAAUCAGUAUAGUCAGUUCCAACGUUUGGAUAUUCCAGGAAUAGGAAUAUUGACUGUUGCUCUGGUACUGUUUGUCUUUGCUGUAACAUCAGGAUCAAUUUCCGGCUGGCCCUCUCCUCGAACACUGAUUCCACUGGUAGCCUCAGGGCUUCUCAUUGUUGUUUUUGCCUUAUGGGAAAGAUACUUGCCAGAGGAACUUGCUUCAGUGCCACUGUCUAUUUGGCGACACCCUAAUUUUCCAAUUCUGACAGCUAUUGGACUACAGCCAUUCAUGUGGUGGGCUUCGGUACAGCUCCUUUUUUCCUGGUAUUAUCAAGAGGUCUUCCAGUGGUCCACAAUCAAUGUUGCAAUUAGAUUCCUUCCUUUGGGUUUGAUGUCCUUUCCAGUCAUGGGGAUUGCCUCAAUUUUGCAGCAAAAAUUGCCAUUCACACAGGUCAUUUUGAUUGGGGAUGUUUUGGUCCUUGUAGGAACAUCUCUGUUCCCUUUUGCUGAUUCCAAAGAACAAUUUUGGCGGUUUGCAUUUCCUGGUUUCUUCAUUGGCACAACGGGAAUGACUAUAGUUUUUGCAACCACAAAUAUUGCUAUAUUUGCUGUAACACCUCCAAAUGUUGCAGGAGUUGUCGGAGCAAUCUUCAUGUGUGCACUGCAACUGGGCUCUGCUGCAGGUGCUGCAAUCAUUACAGCUAUUCAAACAAGUGUUGAGAAAAAUCAUGGAGGACCAACAAGCUUUGAAGGAAGAGCCGCCGGAUUCUGGUUCCUAUUUGCAUUUAAUGCAGUAUUAACAACCAGUGCACUCAUCCUAUUGAGGAGGAUGCCAUUACAGAGUGAAAAGCUGCACACCUCGUCAAAAGAACCGUAUUCAUAG